AUGGCAUGGCCAGACUCUGAGGACAUAGCACAGGAACUGAAACCCUUCCUUAGCCGUCAGCGUGAGUUUUCAAUUGAAGAGGGAUGUCUUCUAUGGGGUGCCAGGGUGGUAAUACCGUCGAGAUAUAGGAUUCAAAUCUUAGAAGAGCUACGUGGUGGUCAUCAGGGGAUUGUUAGGAUGAAAGGAUUAGCUCGCUUGCAUGUGUGGUGGCCAAAUAUCGAUCAAGAUAUUGAAAACACUGUGCAAGGGUGCUCUGCUUGUCAGGCUACUCAGCCAAUGCCAACUCGUGCUGAGGGUAAUCCGUGGAAAUGGCCUUCUGGUCCAUGGAAAAGAGUUCAUGUUGAUUUCGUAGGACCAUUCCUGGGACAAAUGUACCUCAUUAUGAUUGACGCAUAUUCAAAAUGGCCAGAAGUACACCCAAUGAAAUCAGUUACAACUAUGAAUACCAUGCAGAUCAUGCGGCGGGUAUUUGCUCAGCAUGGGGUUUGUGUAGAGCUCGUGUCCUGA